AUGGCAGAACUUCCUCCGUUCCUGAAAAGCAAGUACACGUACCUGUUCGAACGUUUUUACGGUAAGCAGUUUUCCGACGAUAGCCUUCGUUCGUUUCCUCAUAACAACCAAUGCUUCGUCUCUUCAGACACCAACAAAAACUCGGUCGUCACCCACUCCGACUUCCUGGACUUGGCAGAGGUGAGUGAACGUCUACGCUUCAGACACUUAUUGUUCAUUCUGAGACAACGGCCUUUAGCGCUGCUCAUUUCAGCUCCAUGUUUCUGCAAUUAUUUUUUUUCGAUCGCAUUUUUUUGCUGCCUGAUUUGAUC